AUGGCGCCAGUGGCAGAGCCGAUUCCGAGUCCGGUCGGAAUUAUGAGCCAUUGCUGUGGAGCCAUCGAUGGCAAACAUGUGGCCAUCAAGGCACCUAAGAACACCGGCACCAAGUACUACAAUUACAAGGGGUACUUCUCCAUAGUCCUGCUAGGAGUGGUUGACGGCAACUACAAGUUCCCUGUGGGCAGACGUUGGCGCAAGAGGGGUCCUGCAUCGGACGCCGGCAUUCUCAGCAGUGGCCCGCUGAGAGACGACUGGAAGAGAAGGAGGAACCUUGGCUUCCCUGAGCGGCCCUCGAACCCUUUCCUGGUGAUGACACAACUAUCCUCAUACUUCCUGGUGGGGGACGACCAUUCACCCGCUGCGCCCCUGGAUGAUGAAGCGUCGGCGGGAAGGGUGCUCGACCAUGACGAGCGCAUAUUCAACUACCGAACCUCGAGGGCCCGCCGCGUCGUGGAGAAUGCCUUUGGAAUCCUGGCUCACCGCUGGCGCGUCCUCCUCACCACCAUCCAACUGACGCCCAGACGUGCACAGAAGAUCACCUCUGGAUGCCUAGUGCUACAUAACCUGAUGCGUGAUCGCUAUCCCGGCCUCCACGCUGCCGACCUUGACCAGGAGGAUGGACAUGGAAAUGUCAUUCCGGGAGCCUGGCGCAAAACGCCAUGGACGAGGUCAACCAGGUGA